UCACCCCUUAUCACUGACAGCAUAAACAUAGCUAAAAAAAAAAUAAUAAUAAUAAAUAAAAUAAUAAUAAUAAUUAUAAUAAUAAAACAUAAUAAUCAGUUUAAUGCUGUUUUAAAGCAGGAAACAUUUAUUCUGCUUGUGGCUGAAAUCAAAAGCCCUGCUUGUAAUAUAGAUCAGCUGACACAUGCAGACCCUCCCACCUCUGCUUACAUUGCACAUACCUUUUGUGUAGCAGCCUCAGUCUAUGAGGAGGAAACAGAGAGAUCCCUUCUGUAACAGAGGCAGCAGGACUGAAGGACACCUAUCUUUGCCAGUGACGCAACCCGUAACGAGCUUGGAAACUAUACGUUAAGAUGGUUGUGACACUGGAAUUCCAGUCCGCAAGCUUCUUUUGAAGAACAGAAGUUGCUUCCAAUUGUUUACAUCAAAGCUGGAAGAUCUCUGGGCUCACAAGAGAGGAGAGAAUAAAAAAGAACACAGUGACUGGCAUUUGCUUGAUUUGCAUCAGGGAUAAGGCUGCAAGGCAAAGCUAGGAAAGCGGAAAGGACUUUGAACAAAAUCAAAUUUAAAAGAUACUUAACAGAAGCUGCUUGAGGUCUUGAAGAUCAUUGCUUUUUUUGUCCUACUGCUUAUGCUAAAUAUAGGUUACAGUAAUAUCUGGGGAUCAAAAUGAAUUCAACCGAGAGUCGACGGGAAGCUUUAAAAGCCCCCCAAACGAACAUGGAAGUUCCCACAUCAUCAACGAAUUCUACAGAAGCCAUGACUCCUGGCGUGGGAACAGAUAAUCAUUUUUCUAAGUUGAAAGAAAGGUUAAUGAACGAGCUGAAUAAAAUUCCACUACCACCUUGGGCCUUAAUAGCAAUAGCCAUAGUCGCUGUCCUUUUGGUUCUCACAUGCUGCUUUUGCAUCUGCAAGAAAUGUUUAUUCAAGAAGAAGAACAAGAAGAAGGGGAAAGAAAAGGGUGGGAAGAAUGCUAUAAACAUGAAAGAUGUCAAGGAUUUAGGGAAAACCAUGAAGGAUCAGGCAUUAAAGGACGAUGACGAUGACGAUGCAGAAACUGGCUUGACUGACCAAGAGGAUAAGGAAGAACCUAAAGAAGAGGAGAAGCUUGGGAAACUUCAGUACUCUUUAGACUACGAUUUCCAAAAUAAUCAGCUGAUGGUAGGAAUCAUUCAGGCUGCGGAACUCCCUGCUUUAGAUAUGGGAGGUACGUCUGAUCCCUAUGUGAAGCUUUUCCUUCUGCCUGAUAAAAAGAAGAAAUUUGAAACAAAAGUCCACAGAAAAACUCUUAACCCAGUCUUCAAUGAACAGUUCACUUUCAAGGUACCCUACGCCGAGCUGGGUGGAAAAACAUUAGUGAUGACAGUAUAUGACUUUGAUCGAUUUUCCAAACAUGACGUCAUUGGGGAAGUGAAAGUACCUAUGAACACAGUAGACUUUGGUCAUGUUACUGAAGAAUGGCGGGACCUUGUGAGUGCUGAAAAAGAAGAGCAAGAGAAACUGGGUGACAUCUGCUUCUCCCUCCGUUAUGUACCAACGGCUGGCAAACUGACAGUUGUUAUUCUUGAGGCGAAGAACCUAAAAAAGAUGGAUGUUGGUGGUUUAUCAGAUCCUUAUGUGAAAAUUCAUCUGAUGCAAAACGGCAAAAGACUAAAGAAAAAGAAGACGACUAUUAAAAAGAAUACUCUCAAUCCUUACUACAACGAGUCGUUCAGCUUUGAAGUACCAUUCGAACAAAUUCAGAAAGUGCAAGUUGUUGUGACUGUUUUGGACUAUGACAAGAUUGGCAAAAAUGAUGCUAUUGGAAAAGUGUUUGUAGGCUACAACUGUACUGGAGCAGAGCUCCGGCAUUGGUCGGAUAUGUUGGCAAACCCAAGGCGACCCAUUGCACAGUGGCACACCUUAGCACCUGAGGAAGAAGUAGACGCAAUGCUCGGAGUCAAGAAAUAAGGAAGAACGUGUCUGCAGUUGCCCAUAUAGUGCUUUUUAGCCAGUUUAUAUGUAAAUACCUCAGUAGUAUGGGUCCUUUCAUGUCUUUUCAUGCAUACCUAAUCCAGGUCAUUUGUACCUAUUCAUUUAUUUGCACAAAUUUAAAUGUCCUUACUUCCCUAUAAAAGAAAAACACAUAAUGUGCACCAGACAACUGCCCCCUUAAUAUUCUUUUAAGCAAUAUAAUGUGUAGAUAGAGCAUGACUCAAUUUAUUAUGAUCACACAAUCUUGUAUAUAUACCAGUAUGCCAACAUUUAUUUCCUGUCCUUGUAUUUGUAUGUUGUAAGCGUUUCUUAAUAUGUGCAUUCUUAGCUGUUUUUAAUAAGAUGUUCUAUUUUAAAUUAUGUAAAUUAACUAAAUAUAGAAGAAUUUAAAAAUAUAUUACAGGUUAACUAUUGUAUCGUCCGCAUUCCAGAAGAAAUUCCAACUUAUAAGGCACUAGUAAAGUUGUACUGAUAUCUUAAAGGACAACUUAAAUCUGACCUUCACCUACCUACAUUAGAUUUUUAGAAAAAUGAUACAUUUCACAAUUCUAGUGAGAAACUUAGUUCACAAUUGUAGACUUCUGUCAGGAGGCAACCUACAUGGUGAAAAGAGCUGAGUGUCUGACCUCAAACACCCAUGGUCACUAGUUGCCAAGUUCUUAGCAUAUGUAUAUAGGUGAGACGUGAAACCCUGCGUUCUUACAGUAGAGGGAAUGAUGGAGUGAUGGGAGCAUUGAUCUUUAACCAAUAUAUAUAUAUAUAUAUAAAUAUAUAUAGAAUACAGCUAGCUUAUGGGUGACCGAGUAAAGGGUUAUUGUUAAUGUCACAUGAGAUUUGCUUUUGUAAAAAGCAACAAUUGUUCAUAAGCCAACCAUUUCUGUGAAUUUAAGCUUUAGAUAAAAUGUACAUUGUGCGUGGUGUCUGCAUGAUGAUUCUGCAUUGCAUCUAUACUCUGUGUGUAUACAUUGUACAUUGAAGAACAAAGUUAUCUUGUUCUCAAAUAGGUUGUGAGGCAUACUGAACAUAUUGUUAGUAAAGCAUUUGUGUAGUACAUCUACAUUUUCAUAGUUAACAAACAGUAUUGUGACCCAAUAUAUAAAGACGAAACUGAUUUAGCCAUAAUUCUGAAUGCACUUCAAGUAAGCCAAAACAGCUAGUGACCUUUUUUAUAUACUAUUUGUAUAUUGAGUUUUAAUUUGUCCUUUAAAAAAAUGGUAUAAAACAAAGAGUAAGUGCUAGCGAACAGGCGCACCCUCUUGUGUAUACUAGUUGCUCAUUUCAGGAGGAGUUUUUAAAUGUUUUCAAUGUUAUUAAGUAGUAAAUGGCACUAUUAUAAAGCUAUUAGUCAUUCCAUAAGAGUCUUUAAAGACUGCUCUGUGCAUCACUGUGACUGCCGUGUGUGCUUAGAUGAAUCUUAGUUCUCUCAGUGGAUAGCAAUCAAAUUUAUAGUGAUAUUGUACUGAUACUGCCAUCUCUUUCUACCGCACUGCAAAUGGAGAGCAUAGCACAAAUAGGUUAGAAUGGACCAAUUUGAAACUGGGCGCUAUGCCGGGACCUGGUUACAUAGAAUAGGUAGAUUACACAGCGAUUUAAUAAGCACUGUGCAAUAUAAUUCACAAACUCACCAUCAUUGUAGACUGCAUAGAUAGUCGUGUUAGUCCAUUAAUUUACAAGCCAAACUAGAGUAUAGUAGUAUGGAGUGAGAUCUUUUUAUAUUGGACUAAUAAUCAUUUUUAAAAUAUUGCAUCUAGUCUGAAGAAUAUGUAAAGGGACAUUGCAGAAGCUAUAUCAAUUACAUCUCAUUAAAGUGGUUAUGGUGCCUGAAAUUCAGUGUGAAACCAUUUUCAUGCAAUUUAAAAGUAGAUAAGAGUCCAUGGCCACCCACAGUCAGGGCCCCUACUGGAGGUAUGGCUAAGGCAGAGGCUACACACUUCUUGCUAGCCAUACCAAUUCAUAUCAACAAUGGGUACUUUGAAUGGCUGGAAGUGGUCAGAUUAUACUUUCACCCAAUCACAACUAUCAGUUGCUGCUAAUGUGAAUGCUUACUCAGGAGGCCAAGCGGCACAGAGGCGAUGGGCUGCUGGGGACUCUUGUUUAGCAUUUGAACAUUAAAAAAAUGGCUAAACACUGAAUGGAAGGAUGGUGCUAGUAAACUCCAAACACUAUAACUGCUAUAAUGAGAUUAGACAUUUAGCAAGAGCUUGUCUAUAAAUAUGUAUUGUUAGUACAAUAAAAAAAAAACUGCAGACUUCAAUACUCUUGUACUCUUGUUAUUUUGGUACAUCUAUAUAUCAUAAAGCAUGGAUUGACCAUGUUAGACUACCAGUCAAUUGCUGGACUACAUUUAGACUACUACUACUAUUAGAGUAUAACUGAAGUAGUGGUUCAUCAACAGCCAGAGCUGAUCCAAGAUUUCCUAACCCUGUUCUAUCAUAUCAUUUGAUAAGUGACACCAUAAUAAUUUAUUAGUGAGAAUUUUCAGUCCGUUGCACAGAACAGGAAAGAAUUUCACAAAUCUUUAUAAUUUUAAAGAUAUUUUGCUGAAUUAUAGCAAAAAAAAAUACAAAAAACAUCACAAAAAAAUAAAUAAACAGGGCAUUAUACCCUCAAGAUAUGUGUACUUUGAAAUAUUUUUUAAAGAAUGGUUGUUACUAAAACAACUAAAUUUUAUCAGUAAUAUUAACAUGUUCAUAUACUACUGCCAAGGUGAAAGUUAUCUUUUUAGGGCUUUUAUCGAAAAAAAUACACUGGUAAAAUAUCCAAUAUAAAUAUUUUUGUGUCAAUAUUUAUAUGUUAUGUUUGCAGCAAUUAAUUUGAAAAAAAAAAUACUUUAAUAAUUCAUGGACCACCUUGUUGAGGAUGUUAUCAUUCCAAGCAGUAAUAGCCUUAGUAACACCCCUGCUUUCUAAGACCCUGGGUUUAAAAAAAGGCACAACAAGGUAGAACAGGUCAUAGACGUAUAUGCUGCAUAAUCUGAAAUAAGAAGUUAAUAUGCUUUUAAAACAACUUAAAAUGACCAAAACCCAUCCUACUAUUUCAGCAAUUUUUCUAAUUUGAUUUUUAUAUAUUUAUAUUUUUUUCCCUUUGUUUAUAUGUAGAGAUGUCCCGAACAGUUCGCCGGGAACUGUUUGCCUGCGAACAUAGCUUGUUCGCGAGCGAACAUAGCUUGUUCUCGGUCACUGCGGCGGGCGAACAUAUGCGAUGUUUGGUCUGCCCCCUAUUCGUCAUCAUUGAGUAAACUUUGAUCCUGUACCUCACAGUCAGCAGACACAUUCCAGCCAAUCAGCAGCAGACCCUCCCUCCCAGACCUUCCCACCUCCAUGACGAAUAGGGGGCGGACCGAACAUCGCAUAUGUUCGCCCUCCUUGGCGACCACGAACAAGCUAUGUUCGCUGGCGAACAGUUCCCGGCGAACUGUUCGGGACAUCUCUAUUUAUAUGUCUAAUGGAUAUGCUCAAAAUGCAGGUUCAUAUUGCCUGAGGAACAUUGUUAAACAUAUUAUCUUUUUCCCAUACUGCCUAAUCUUAUUGCAAGACAGUGAUAUAAAUCACCUACAGAACCUGCUAUUUGACCAACGUAUGGUUUUAUCCAUAGAAAAAGCCACAUCUACCUUCUUGGACAAAGCUGUGUAAAGUCUUAGAAUCUGAUGCUGUAGAAAUCCUAGUUGCCUUUGUGUACACUUACUGCCUGCUUGGGUGUUUCUAUGUGUGAGUUUUUCUCUUGUAUCUCGUAGAAAUGUUCGGGUGUUUUAUCUUGCCAUAUUGCUCGUGACCCGCGAGCUGACAAAAGUUUUGCUGUGUAUACCUUCAUUUUUGACAAAGUGGUUCCAAUUUAAUUUCACUUUGUGUAGUGAACCCCACAGUAGAGUUUUCUGAUUGUUGUUAAAAAAAACUUCUUGACAUAUUCAACAAAUAUUCAAUAAAAAUAUUUUAUUUCCGG